UGUGGUUUAAUAGUUGACAUAAUAUGACGAUGUUUUUUUUAUGCAGCGAUGAAACCAGGCUAUCGGUCCAUCAAGGCUGGGAAGGUGAAGGUCAACGUCAAGAGACACGUGACUCCACUGUCUUGGGAUGCAGCUUUGCGUGUGUGUCAGUCCGAAGGAGGGUCGCUGGUCAAGAUUGACACCAAAGAAAAGGAGACUGUAAUCAAGAAGAAACUUCAGAUUACAAGCCGUUCAAUCACUCCAGUUUAUCUUUGGAUGGGCCUCAGAUAUUUCAAGGAAAGGCACAGGUUUCUGUGGACAGACAAGAUGCCCUUAGAGUACGAUAACUGGGGCACCGGUGAACCAAGCCACACCUGGAAGGACAUCGCUGGCACUAUAUUCACGGAGGACUGUGUGGCACUGGCGGGUCAACUGUUUCGCGGCGUCUACUGGAAUGAUCGUUCAUGUAGUUUUAAAUGCGGCUUCAUAUGUGAAGUCCUUUGA